AUGCUGCUGCGGCCCUCCUCUGUGAGCCGCCGGCUCAGAAGACCCUCGUCCUUGCUCCGCUUCUGCGCCGGCCUCGCCCUGGCCGCCCUCGUCCUCGACACUUUGUUCCUCACCAGCCAGCUCCCUUUAUCCCACCGCUCCAGCAGCCGCCGGAUGCCCCGGAACCCCCAUUCCCUUAACCAGACGGUCUUCAUUGCCUCAGUCCAUCAAAAUUCCGCUCCCAGGCUGCACGCCACGUGGAGUGACGCCGUCGUUCAGCUCAUCGGCCUCCUCGGCCCGGACAAUGUCUACUUUUCCGCCGCAGAGCACGCCUCCUCGGACGGCACCAUCCCAGAGCUCGUCCAGCUCGAGCAGCGCCUCAACGACCUACAGGUAGGAAACACCAUCCACCUCGGCCGGACGGCAUGGGACCUCGAGGAUGAAGCCAACGGCCAGCCGCCCCCCGGGGCCGAGGCCGGAUGGCUCUGGCAUCCCAAGCAUCAGCGGUGGGCCCUGCGCCGCGUCCCCAUCGAUGCCCAGGCGAGGAACCAUGCCCUCCUCCCCCUCCGUGAGCUCCUUCUCGAACAAGGACGCUCCUUUGACCGGGUGCUCUGGCUCGACGACAACAUCGUCUUCCGUCCCGAGGAUGUCGUGUCGCUCCUCGAGACCCGGGACGGUGACUACGCGGCCGUCUGCAGUGCUGCUCAAGCCGGGCCCUCCACCCACCGUCUCAACGCCCUCACCCUGCGAGACGACGACGGCCAUCUGCCCGUCAGCACCCACUGGCCCUGGCUCUCCGCCUCGACGUCCCGCUCCGCCGCGUGGGCCGGGUCGCCCAUCCCAGUCCGCUCGUGCUGGGGCGGCAUCGUCGCCUUCGACGCCCAGCCCUUCUACGACCCCGACUCCCCGCUGAGGUUCCGAAGCGUCAGCGACGAAGUGGCAGCUCUUCACCUCGAGGCAUCCGAGCGAUGCCUCAUCCACGCCGACAACCCACUGGCCAGCUCCAGGGGAAUCUGGGUUGAACCGUCGAUCCGCACCGCUCUUGACUGCAAGGAAGGGUGCUGGAAGGUCGCCCGCCCCCUCUCCCCGGACACCUGGCUCACGGCCAUGAGGGGAGUCUGGUCCAACCGACUGGGGACCUGGCGAGGACCCCGAUCCGGCGCCGAGACGAACUCGGAACUGCCCCGGGUGAGGGACUGGGCUGCUGCCCGCGGUGAUCCCCGGAUAGGCGGCGACGGGGCCGUUUCCUGCCUGAUGGACGAGAUGCAGAUCAUCAAGAGAACCAAGUGGACCUUCAAACUCUCGAACGCGGGAUCGUAG